AUGUCGACAAACAGCAAAAGCUCAGACUCCAUUGAGCUAGAAAACUUGCUUGAGAAUGACGGCGAUUUUUCUAUUCCAACUCACGAGUUGAGGGAGGUGGAGUAUAACGGAGAACUCAUAAAGCUCUAUCCGUUAGACUAUCAGAAGGAACCUAUCGUGAGGUGGCAAAUCGCAACAAGUUUGCUACUAUUCGCUGUAUUUGGCAUGAACGAUGAGUGCAACGGUGUGCUACUGCCCGCUUUGACCGAGCACUACAACGUUACCAAAGUGCAGGUGGCUAAUCUCUUCAUAGUGCAGUUCUGUGGCUACGGAACGGCUUCUUUGCUGACGGAAAGGAUCCAUAGGAAGGUUGGUGCACGAGGCGCGAUAAUUGCGGCUGCAAGCAUGUGCGUUCUGUGUUACGGAACGCUGAUGCUGCGGCCUCCGUGGUUCGCCAUGUACGUGAUGUGCUUCCUGCCGCUUGGGCUUGCAAUCGGCAUUCUGGACUCCGUUUGUAACGUCCUGUUUGGGAACCUUGAAAUCCACAAGAAUGAGUGGAUGGGGGUUUUGCACGGAAUUUACGGGGCUGCAGCGAUGAUCACCCCGCCAGUUGUCACGUAUUUUGUUAAGGCAGGUAAAUGGAGUUUUUUUUUCUUGCUACCAUUGUUGUGUGCUCUGGGAGGGCUCGCACUUGUUCCUUUCGCGUUCAGAGAUGAAACCGCCAACAAGUACAACUACGUCUGCAGCACCAACCGCGAGGAGGGCGAUGACUCUCAUCCAGGCUUCUGGGACUUGCUCCGGAGGCCAGCCAUCCUCAUGUACGCGCUUUACAUGUUUAUUUACCUAGGAUCCGAGGUGUCGACGGGCGCGUGGAUAUUUACUUAUCUUCUAGAGGUGAAGAAGGGCAACGUUGUCGCUAUGUCUUACGUCACUGCAGCGUUUUGGUUGGGACUGACUACAGGGAGAUUAGUUCUCGGCUUUGUUACAAAACGGUGUUUCAAGAAUGAAUACAGAGCCAGCUCUUUUUAUGGAAACAUGUGCUUUCUGUUCUACACAGCCUUUAUGGUCGUUGCCUACUUUAAUGGCUCAUCGACACUUUAUUUUAUACUCCUUGCAUUCAUCAUAUUCUUGGGAGGUGUCUUUAUAGGACCACUGUUCCCUAAUGCAAGUGUGGUGGCUCUCCAGGUCUUACCCAAGAACUUACACAUCAGCGGGGUUGGUAUUGCUGUUGCCGUUGGCGGUUGCGGUUCCGCGAUUCUUCCUUAUGCAGUGGGCGUCAUUACGAAGUACAUUGGGUUCGUGUGGUUUCCGUUUUUAUGCUGGUUCAUGGUGGGAACAGUGAGUAUCGUUUGGUUUUGUUACCCUAAACUAAUAAAGGGCCACAGUGAGUACUUGUAA